GAAGCAGAUGCGGCGGACGCUGCUCAGGACGGCAAUAGCGAGACCAACAGGCGCCGUGCGGCCCUCCCUGCAGUCGCAGAUCCAGGCGCCCGAGAACUACAUCAAGAGCUUCACGGACUUCGGGGAGGACUCCGCCGCGACCACGCCCAAGGUACAGUUGGAGGAGAAGCGCGCGCUCUUGCGCCAGCUGCGCCCUCCUGCGACGGCGCGCCGCGCGGCUCAGCAGAAACUGGAGAAGACGCGGACCCAGCUGGACCGCCUCAAGGAGGAACGCGCCAGCAUGGAGGCCAAGGUGGAGCAGCUCAACUGCGACAUCGCGGGCAAGACGGCAGCCAUCGAGGCCACGGCGGCUGAGAUUGCGAGGCUGGCUGUUGAGGCCGCGAGUGCGGCAGCGGCCCUCCAGAAGCAGCGUGGCGAAGCGGCGGCUGCCCAGGCUGCUGCUGCGCCCCCGCCGGUCCCUGAGGACGUGUGCGCGCGGGCGCAGGCGCACCCUGGGCUCUCCUCAGACCCCGCGCUGGCGGAGUUCGUCGCCCAGUUCGCGGGCAACGAGAACUUCAGCAAGCUGGAGAAGCUCCUCCACGGCAGCAUCCAGACCGCGAUGCAGGAACAGCAACGCGACACUGCGAUGGGGAUUCGCAGCCUGGUCAGCCUGCCGUGCGACCUACUGGUGCUGCCCCUGCUGCUGGCGCAGCCGGCGGGCCAGGUCUUCAAGCAGUUGUGGGGGCAGCAGCAGCGAGACGGUGGCGAGCCCAUCGGCACCAACGAGAUUCAGAAGAGCAAGGUGCGGCUGCUCGAGUCCGUCAAUGCCAAUCAGGGCAAAAACAUCCUGAAAGAGAGGCUGAUCAGGACUCGCGCGCUGGUGGUGUUGGCGCAGGAGAUCGGCCACCACGAGUGGGAGGCCGAGGAGCUGCUGAACGCGGUUAUCCUAGGCGAGGUCGGCAAGGCGCUUGCUGGCCAAGCGUUCCCCGGCAUCGUGGGCGGCGGCUGGGGCGUGGAGGCGGCCGUGAUCGAGGCGCCCCUCCGGCCGGCGGCAGCGCCCCUCGCCGCGGCGGUGCCCGAGGCCGUCGCGUGCCGGGCGGCCGCUGCGAGCGUGGACUUGGCGCGGGCGAUCGAGCCGCGCCGCCCCGUCGUCCUGCACAUGGUGGCCGACGGCGCCAAGAUUCAGGUGCUCGCCAAUUCGGUUGCGCCGGAACUCGAGCCCAAGACGGCGCUCGGCCCGCGCAUCCCUGACGGGGACUGCGGCGGCGUCAUCCAGCUGGCGCAGCAGGCGGUCGCCAUGUCGAAGGAGGCGCCCGUGGACGCUGCCUGGGCCCCCCUCGCCCUCGCACGGGGCCGCUCGGCUAAGGUCGACGUCGCCUUCGAGGGAACAAACGCCGAGGGCCUGCUCGCCAUCGCAGAGGUCUGGGCGUGGCUCGCGGACAGCCUCAGCAGCAUCAUCUUCCCCAAGGAGGCGCCGGCUGCCGUGCGCAAUCUCAAACUUCCUGAUGAGUUGGUUGGGUUCCAGACGCGCGAGUGCGCGAGCGCUGGCAUCAACCUGCGCCCGGGCGCCGCCGCCGGGCAGGCGCGCGCCGUGCUGGCGGGCAACUUCCACCCGAGCCAGAUCAGGGCGCCCCAGGAGGACGUCGAAUCGGACGUUCUGGCAGCUGCGCAGGCGGCCGACAAGGACGGCGAGUCCCGAUG